AUGGCACAGAAUCCAAACCUUUCAAAGAAUGCGAUGAGAGGUCUGACCAACUUCAUUGCUGAUAUUAGAAAUGCCACAUCAAAAGAGAAUGAGGAGAAGAGGGUGACAAAGGAGAUGGCUCACAUUAGGAAGGAGUUCAAGGAGAAUAAGAACAUUGAUGGAUAUCAGCGCAGGAAAUAUGUCUGCAAGCUAAUCUACAUGUACAUGCUCGGUUACGAGAUCGACUUUGGAUACAUGGAGGCUGUCACCUUGCUCUCAUCUACAAAGUUCUCUGAGAAGCAGAUUGGAUACAUUGCACUUGGAGUACUACUGAGUGAAACUCAUGAGUUGUUGCCAUUGGUGAUCAACUCGUUCAAGGAGGACCUCAUGGCCAGAAGUGAUUACUUCCAAUCAUUGGCCUUGUCAGCCAUCUGUAACAUUGGUGGAAAGGAAACAGCCGAGUUUCUUGCACCAGUCAUUCAGAAGUUAUUGAUUGCCGAGACAUCAUCACCAAUGGUAAAGAAGAGAGCAUCUUUGGCUAUACUUAGGAUGAAUCGCAAUCAUAUAGGACUGGUUACUCCUGAUGCUUGGGUGGAGAGAUUGAUCUCAGUGCUCAACGAGACAGACUUUGGUGUGCUCAACUCGUUGAUGAGUCUGUUGAUCCACUUGGUGUCGGAGAAGGCUGAGGGCUGGGAGCCCGCCGUGCCCAAGGUCGUGCACCUGCUUCACAAGAUCGUCAUACAGAAGGAGACGGCCAAGGAAUACAUUUACUAUCACAUCGCCUGUCCCUGGCUCCAGGUCAAGCUUCUGCGUUUCCUGCGCUACUUCCCACCUUUGGACAACGAUGCCAAUGCACGCAAGCUCACCGAGGUGCUCAACUCUGUCCUCUCCGUGUCCGAGAGUGCUAAGGCCGGUACCAUCAAUCAUAAGAACGCCCUGAACGCUGUCCUAUUCGAGGCAAUCAAUUUGAUCAUCCAUUAUGAUAACGAUCCAGCAUUGUUGGCUCAGAUCUCUACACUGCUUGGCCGAUUCAUCACUGCGAAGGAGACGAACAUUAGAUACUUGGGCCUCGAGGCAAUGUCUCACUUUGCAUCGCUCUCCAACGAGACAUCAGUCAUGAUCAAGAAGUACCAAGACACUGUCAUUCUAUCACUCAGAGACGCAGAUAUCAGUAUUAGACGUAGAGCAUUGGACUUGCUGUACGGCAUGUGCGAUAAGGACACGAGUAAGAUUAUUGUUGCGGAGCUGUUGACCUACCUCCAGACAGCAGACUACAACAUCAGAGAGGAGUUGGUCAUUAAGAUUGCCAACCUUGCCGAGAAGUUCGCUUCGAACUACUCGUGGUACGUCGACGUCAUCCUCCAGCUGAUCACAUCAGCCGGCGACUUUGUCUCGGACGACAUCUGGUACCGCGUGGUCAAGAUCGUCACCAACCACGAGGACAUCCAGACGUAUGCUGCCAGCACCGUGUUCAAUGCGCUCCAGGCCAAGAACUCUCACGAGACCCUGGUCAAGGUUGGAGGCUACAUCCUCGGUGAGUUUGGUCAUCUGAUCGCCGACAACCCUGCCAGCACACCCUUCAUCCAGUUCAACACUCUGCACUCCAAGUUUGCCACGUGCGGCCUACAGACCAAGGCGCUGUUGCUGUCCACCUACGCCAAGUUUGUCAACUUGUUCCCCGAGCUAACACAGCAGACGCAGGAGGUGUUCAAGCAGCACACCAACUACAUCGACGCCGAGAUCCAGCAGCGUGCGUGCGAGUACCUCAACCUCACCAACCUCAACGAGGACUUGAUGCAGACCGUGCUCGAUGUCAUCCCAGCAUUCUCUGAGAACAGAGACCUUAUCAACAGCAACACUGGCAGCAUUGGCGCGCAUGGCUCCAAUGGAAUGCAGCAGCCACAGCAGCACCAUCAGGCCAUCCCCGCCACCGCCCUGUCCAACGGCGGCGGCAACAGCAACGUUGCCAGCGGUAACCAACUGGACCUGCUCGAUCCAUUCGGACUUGGCGUGGGCAACCAGCCACAGCAGCAGAUGCCACCUCAGCAGCCACAGCUGCAACUCAUGCAGCAGCCUGCUCUACCACAGCUUGAGCAGCCAGCGGGCGGCUCGCCAUUUGGCUCGGGCCAGCACAACCUCCUGUCGCCAACCAUGGCCAACUUGUCGCCCAACACUGGCUCGACAGGCUCACCCAUCGACCCGCUUCAGAUCAAGAUUGCCAACGCGUUCAACCGUCUGUGUCUGAACGCCGAGGGUGUCCUAUACGAGGACUCCAUGAUCCAGAUUGGUCUCAAGUCCGAGUACAAUGGUGCACAGGGCAGGAUCGUCCUGUACUACGGCAACAACUCAUCGUUCCCACUGUCGGGCUUCAACACAGUGAUCGAGUCGGCUUCGACCAGCGCACUCCAAGUGCAGGCACAGUCGAUCGCGCCUGUGAUCCAGCCCAAGGUACAGAUUCAGCAGACAAUCACAUUUACAUGCACUGGCGAGUUCUCCGAGUCGCCAACGGCUGUGAUCAACUUCCUCACACCAGGCCGACCAAUCACCAUCCACCUGAGGCUGCCGAUCGUCGUGUCCAAGUUCUUUGAGCCAUACAACCUCAACUCUGGCGACUUCUUUGCCAAGUGGAAGAUCCUGCCCGGCAAGCCCGUCGAGAUCCAGGAGGUGUUCAAGCCAAGCAAGCCCAUCGACACUGCCGCCUUCAACAAGACGUUGAGCGAGGGUCUCAAGAUCACGACGCUCAAGAUGAUCGACCCCAACCCCAACAACCUUGUGUCUGCAGCACUGUUCCCAUAUGGCAAGAGUCCACUCUUUGUUCUGAUUCGCAUUGAGUGCAAUCCACAAGCAUGCAUGUGUCGUCUGACAAUCCGUUCACAGUCUGCCGUCAUGUCCAAUGCUACCAAGCAAUUGAUUGUCACUCAUCUUUCAUAA